UGAUUCUCCAGUUCAAGACGACGAUGCAACCGCGUAGAGAGAAGGAAGCGCGCAAGCCGCGUCCGCAGCAGCUCGUGUUCUCCACCAAGAAGGCUGGGCGCAAGACGAAGACGCGUCAGCAACAACAACAGCAGGUGGUCACAGAGGACGCGAAGUCAACAACGCAACACAGUCAAGAGGGGCAGCAACAUGAGUCUAAUGUCUCGUCCCACGAUGCUCAAGUUCGGCACCGCUCGAGCCGCAGUCACAGCCACAGCCGGUCCGUGAAGCGCAUGAGGCCAUCACGGGCGCUUCUACAGGGCGACCACGCGACGGUGGCGCAGUGCGUUCGAGCGAUGGUAGAGCGAAAGACGGACGCCGCGCUACUUGUGGAUAGGAAUGGGCUGCUCACAGGCAUCCUUACGGACAGAGAUGUCGCAGUGAAAGUUGUGGCGGUAGGCAGAGACCCCAGCAGGACAUUGGCGCAUGAAGUCAUGACUCCGGACCCGUUGUGCGUGUCGGCCAACUCCAGCGCGAUUGACGCGCUCAAGAAGAUGAUUUCAGGACAAUUCCGUCACUUGCCGGUGACGGACAAUGAUAAAGGUUGGAACCGUGUAAAAGGCAUAUGAGGACAGUAGCAUGUGUUAACGUCAUCUGUGCGUAUUUUGUAGUGGUGGGCAUUCUGGACAUAGCCAAGUGUCUGUAUGAAGCCAUCACAAAGCUCGAGCAUGCGUACCGAGAUUCAUCCAACCGACUAGAGGAAACAGUUAAAAAGCUGCAAGAGAGUUUGUCAGGGUCUACGGAAGCUAAUUUAUUCGAGUCCUUGCGGCAAAAGCUCUUUCUGCCAACGCUGUCUGCAAUCCUCAUGGAAGGCUUGGAGGUGCCGAUUUUGGGUCCGACGUCGACUGCUAUGGACGCAGCACGCAUGAUGCUCAUACAAAAGACGAGCGCCGUUAUGAUUUGCGAUGAAGCAGGCCAGACUGUGGGCAUUUUCACUUCAAAGGAUCUGAUGCGGCGCGUGGUCGCUCUGUCGCUGGAACCCAGUCAAUGUUUGCUGUCUAGCGUGAUGACACCCAAUCCUCAAACUGCCACACUGGGAACAACGAUCUUGGAGACGCUUCAUUCGAUGCACAAUGGGAAAUUUCUGCACGUGCCCGUCUUUGAUGGUGGUAAGAAACUAGUGGGUAUAGUCGAUGUCCUGCAGGUUACGCAUGGUGUCGUUCAGCAAAUGGGCACAUUCCAGAACGUAAAAAGUGAUGGAGUUCAGCCGUUGUGGGAUCAAUUUCGGAGCAGUUUGAAAAAUGCAAAUGACUCAGCGGAGCACGAAGAAGAAGUCGAGGAUGAUGAAUCAAAUGUUGGUGUGGAUGAUCCUGAUGCUGAUGGCAUUGAUAUUGCCUCUUUGGUGGGGCGUCAGUCCUGGAGUGAUUUCCAGUCGUCGACCGGAACAAGUGCUACUGGCGACCCAACGCUACUUGAUGAAAACCCUCUUAACGAAGAGGAGCAUGCACCUGAUGUGUUUGUCUACAAGCUUGCCGAUUGCUACGGUAACAACCACCGAUUUACCAGCUCUGCUGAGUCAGUGAAACAGCUUCUCGUCGAUGUUCAGAACAGACUCGGUGACAAUACUAUCCGCCGAAUCCUUUACGUCGAUGACGAGGGCGACCACGUGCUACUUUCUGAGGAUUCCGAUUUGAAGGAUGCUGUGAAUCGUGCGCGUACGUGGGGAAACAAAUACAUCCGCCUAAUAGUCCCGCACUAUCGGUUCGCUGUGCGUCGUGCGCUGGCACACAAUAAUGAUACAGCGAUCGGAAUGGUCGUGUAUGCCGCCGCCGUAGCAGCACUGGCCGGCGCGUCGUUUUUCUUAAGCAGGCGAAAGUGAUGUUACAUGUUACUACAACCUUCGAGUGUGUGGAGGAUAGUUUUAUUACGCGAGGCAAAACGCAGCUUUGAAUAAAUAUGAGCUGCCCAAAGUAGGAAAAACUGGUCAAAAUCAAGCUAUUGUAGUGGCUCCGCAGCAGCUUUUGAAGUAAGCUCUAUCCGGCGAGGAUCAUUGGUAACGAACGGAAUGGGAACACGGCUUCAAGAUGUGAUACUGGACACGGCUGCUGAAAUGUGCAUCGCACUGAAGAGCGUCAAUAGGACUACAGAUUUCCACGAAAAGAACUGUGGAAAGUAGUAGAAGAUCGUCCACAGGCCAUACAGGAAAAUACCUGUGAGAAGCAACAGAGAGUUCUGUGGGUUCAAAGCCUUGAAAUUCGUCUGGAGCGCUGCUUGUGGGUGGGGAACUGGGGCUGAAUGCACGCAUUACAACAUCAUCAACAUCUCCAUAUGGUUCAACGCGAGAAAAAUUGUCUCUUCAAUACGUACGUGCAUCCGUAAUGACGCUGUGGAUCACGCCGUUUUCUUCGAUACCAUACUCGCCCAUCGAGCGACUGGGUAGUAGUAACAUGCCCAUAUAAAUCAGCCUGAUUUUCUUCCCAUUGGCGAGCUCGUCGGCAAAGAACUGCGAUGAUAAAUAGUGUCAUUUCCAUGAGAAGAACUGAUACACUCGAUGGAUUAAAUAACCACAGCACCUUGCUGACAAACUUGUCGACUUGCUGCGUGGCCUUGAACCAUGCUGGUCGAAUCUCUUCGCCUUGGCGCAGUCGAAUGGGCAGAUAUCCCUCGGGAACCUCGUGCUUUAUUGCUUCCUCCUCUUGCUCCGACCCCUCUGAUUUCUGCAUUAACGCGCGAAUAAAGAGUCUACAAGUCAGAACAAAAGCCAACAGCUCUUCAAAGCAGGCAGGUUAAAGCCGCACCGCUUUGUGUGUCGUCGUCACCGGCGCGACGAUUCUGCGCAUCCAACGUAGCAGAAUAAAAAGCAGUUAGUUUUUUUUAGUGUUAACCAUCAACACAACAGCUUUCACGUACUCCGCCUCGUCGUUCACGAGCUCCCACUCGUCGUGCAGAGCAGUAGGAGAGGAAGGAGGUGAAGCUGGUGUAUUCAUCAGACUGCCUUGGAAAGGAAACGAGGUGCAAAUGAAAGCAGUGCGAGAACCUCCUUCGGGUCUUGGCGCUUCUUUUGUAGUGGUCGGAACAUGAGGGAUGGGAUGAAAAAUACGUAUACACAAAAUAAACACAUUCAGCAAACUUCAACGUCA